AUGUUUCCUCACCACAGAGAAAGGGAGCAGCCGAUCUUCAGCGCCCGGGCCCAUGUUUUCCAGAUCGACCCCACCACCAAGAGGAACUGGAUCCCCGCCAGCAAGCAUGCCGUCACCGUGUCCUUCUUCUAUGAUGCCAACCGUAACGUCUACCGCAUCAUCAGUGUGGGUGGAACCAAGGCAAUCAUCAACUGCACCGUUACACCCAGCAUGUCAUUUACCAAGACGUCUCAGAAGUUCGGUCAGUGGGCGGACAGCAGGGCCAACACCGUGUACGGCCUUGGUUUUGCUACAGAGCAACAGCUGCAUCAGUUCUCAGAUAAGUUUAAGGAGGUGAAAGAUGCAGCUCGUCUGGCGAGAGAAAAGUCGCAAGAUAAAGAACUGGCCAACACAGCGCUCAACAUCGCUGCUCCUCAGUUCUCACAGGACCUCUCUGACGAAUUCCAGUCUCCACCGGUGAUGUGUGUGAACGGACCCGAGGACAAGCUGUUCCGCAGCCAGAGCGCAGACAUCACCCUGUCUGCUGAGAAGGAGCGCAUUAAGAAGAUGCUCUCUGAAGGGUCUAUCUGUGAGAUGAACCUGGAAUCAGAGCUCUUCACUCUGCAGGACAGCAACACCAAACUGGUGGCAGCUUUGCAUGAGGCUAAUGCUAAUGUGGAGCAGUGGAAGAAACAGCUAGCAGCGUAUCAGGAGGAGACGGACAGACUCAGAGGGCAGGUGUCUGAAUUAGAGGCCCAUGGAGGCCAUGGCCCCAGUGACAUGCUGAAAGAUGAGCUGACCCAGUCCCUGGAGGAGCUGGAGGCCCUGCUGAAGGCCAAAGAUGAGGAAAUCCACAUUUUGCAAAGCAAGAAAGUAGAGUACCACGAGAUGGAAAACGACAGGGAUGAAGCCAUUCACAGAUUACGGGAGACAGAGAUGCGUAACGCGGAGUUGGAGCGUCGCGUCCAGAACUCAGAGCAGAACCUGAAUCACUCUCUGGAGGAACGGGAUCGCAUGGACUCUGAAAUCCAGAGGGCCAUCGAAAUUCUGGACAUCAAGAUCUUUGACCUUAACGACCUUCGCCAGAGCCUGGUUAAACUCAUAGACAAAUAA